AUGUCAGACGAUUCGGGGCUUCGUGAUCAACUACUGGAGAAGAAUGAAAUCUCCGAUAGUUACAAUCAAGUUGAUCAACAGAGUGAUUCAACGACAGUGGUGGAGGAACAGAACAAUGAAAUCUCCGAUAACCCUGACAAUUCAGACAACGGUUCUCUGCAAACCAAAGACUCCAAAGGUAGUAGCCCUGUUGACACGGGAACCGCAUGGGUUUACAGAGAUGAAAAUGGAAAACAGUUUUUCGAAAAGCAAUUAAGCGAAGACGACAUUACUGGAGAUCACUUAGAGAUUCCCAGGAGAUUGGCGCAUUAUAUACAGAGUUUGAAAUUACAACGGCGCGUUGAUGCUGGAGAAAAAACACGAAAAGUCAAUUUGGUAUGCGAUAAUAGAGACAAUGAAUGUUAUUAUUUCACUGGACAAUGGAAGGAUUUCGUUAAGGAAAAUCAAUUGAAAGCUAAUAAGGAUUUGGUACUACUUGAGAUUUCUCAGCAAUUCGGCCUUCGAAUCGGAUACACUUGUGACCAAAAAGCUAUUGACAUGAAUAACCGUGUACUCCUCAGGCGUUUGUCUAGAGCUGAUGUAAAAGGCCUAUACGUAAAAAAGUUGUGUGAACGAUAUUCGUAUAGUCGUGGUGGUACAGGAUUAAUAGAGAUAGAACCAGUUGUUGAGAUGAAAUUAUGUUCGCAAAUUGUGUACAGAUAUGGUGGCCGUACUAAAGGUGUAAUGUUCAUACAGCUACCGAAGAAAGACGUUGAAGAGAAUUUGGGCCGUGACCUUCCUCUUCCUGCAGCAGGCGGAGAAAUUGCUCUGCCUUUAUUUGAUCCAGUGGGGAACAAUUUGGUCGAAAUGAAAUUAUUGCAUACUGAGAUGGGUGAUCAAUACCAUCUUGGAGGGGCAUGGGAAGUGUAUGCUGCAAAACAUGGCUUAUUAAUUUCUGAUACAAUUUUUCUUGACAAGGUAACCGUGCAAACGGGAAAUGAUCAUGAUAAGCUGAAUACUGCACAAUUUUCGUGUCACUAUGAAAUCACUUAUCAGAGACGAAGACGAGGAGGCACUAAAGAUCAGAGCGGACCAGCAGGGCCUGCUAAUUCUGUUGAAGAUGUAGCUCGUGUUCGUGAAUUAAGUGAUUCAUCUGAAUAUGUAGGUGAUUCAUCGUGGCUCCAAUAUUGCACUCCAUAAUUUCAGUUAUGGGCCAGCUUUUACCU